AUGGGUGAAAGCAAACCAGACCCCAUCCUCCUAACCCUCUUCGCAAACCGUUUCAUGUCCGUCGCAGAAGCCAUGGGCCGAUCUCUGCAAAAGACCGCAAUAAGCACAAACAUCAAAGAGCGCUUGGACUUCUCUUGUGCUCUGUUCGCGCCUGAUGGGGACCUGGUAGCCAACGCCCCGUUCAUCCCGGUCCAUUUGGGGAGUAUGAGCUUUGCGGUCAAAUACCAGAUGAAGCUCUUGGGGGAUAACCUGAAAGAGGGAGAUGUGCUGAUGACCAACUCUCCCCGGGCAGGCGGGUCGCAUUUGCCAGAUAUAACCAUAAUCACUCCCGUGUUCCCUGCCGCGACUGCGCACUCCGACUCCUCCGUUCCUGCCAAACCCAUAUUCUUCACCGCUUCCAGAGGUCAUCAUGCCGACGUCGGUGGGAUCCUCCCCGGCAGCAUGCCCCCCACGAGCACGACCCUAGCAGACGAAGGCGCCGAGAUCAUCUCCUUCAAGCUCGUCCGCGGAGGGCACUUCGACACUCCCCAGCUACACCAGUACAUGCUCGAUGCGCCCGCGCGAUGGGAAGGCAGUUCCGGGUGCAGGAACAUCCGAGAUGUGGAAAGUGAUCUGAAAGCCCAGGUGGCGGCGAAUUGGAAGGGCGUGCAGCUUUUGCAUCAGUUGAUUGAGGAGUAUGGAUUGGAGACGGUGCAGGAGUAUAUGGCGCAUAUUAGGGGGAACGCGGAGGCUAGCGUGAGGGGGUUGUUGAGGAGGGUUGCGGGGGAGAAGGGACGCAGGCUGCAUGGGAAGGACUUUCUGGAUGAUGGAUCGCCUAUCGAGCUUACGGUGGAUAUCGACCCUGCGUCAGGGAGUGCACUGUUUGACUUUACAGGCACUGGCCCGGAGGUGAGGAACAACAUGAACGCGCCUAUCAGUGUGGUGCACAGUGCUGUCAUCUACUGCCUUCGGGCGAUGCUGGACAGCGAUAUCCCGCUGAACGCGGGGUGUCUUGUACCCGUCACCAUCCGGAUCCCGCCUGAGAGCCUGCUGCAUCCGAGUAAUACGGCAGCGGUGUGCGCGGGGAACGUACUCACCAGUCAGAGGAUCGUUGAUGUUGUGUUGAAGACUUUUGGAGCGUGUGCGGCUAGUCAGGGGGAUACGAACAACCUCACGUUUGGAGAGGGCGGGAAGGGGAGGGAUGGGCAGGCUAAGGUCGGUUGGGGGUAUUACGAGACGAUCGCUGGCGGGUCAGGGGCAACAGCGACCGUGCCCGGUACCUCGGGCGUCCAUACCCACAUGACGAACACCCGGAUUGGGGACGUGGAGAUCCUCGAACGAAGGUAUCCUGUGCUCGUACGCCAGUUUGGGCUCAGGCAGGGCUCGGCUGGGGAGGGGAGGAUGAGGGGCGGGGAAGGGGUCGUCAGGGAGAUUGAGUUCUUGAAAGAGAUGCAGGUUUCUAUACUUAGUGAGCGACGUGUGCAUAGGCCGUAUGGCGCGAACGGGGGCGGGGACGGCGCGUGUGGUCUCAAUUUGUGGAAAAAGCAAGCCCAAGCAGAAGAAGCCGAUUCCACCGCUCCCGAACUCUCUGACACUGGAGACCUGGUACCCUCCAAGCCCGAGCCGAGGAUCAUCAACAUCGGUGGGAAAGCGACGGUGCGGAUGGGCAAGGGGGACUCGAUCGUUGUACUCACUCCUGGCGGUGGGGGUUGGGGAGUGCAGAGCGAGGAAGAGGCGGAGGAGAAGAGGGAGGAAUGGGAGAGGGAACGGGAGGCGGAGAGGGAGGGGAAGGGAGUGCAUUGGGCUUGGGAACCGAGGGGCAGCUUGGCGGAGAGAGCGGCGAGGCAGGCGAGCUUUUGA